UUUUUUUUUUUUUCUUCUGUUUCUCUUUGGCUGUCUCUUCUGUGACUGUUGAUGGCCAAAAUCCUCAGUUCUGGUCCUGCUUCUGUUACAGACCCACUUGCCUUCCCUUCAUUAUAAUCCAAGUUUUAUCCUUAAAAACCCAUUUUAUUUACUACAGAGAACAUCCAACAAAACGGCUCGUCUUAUUAUUUGUACUACAGGCACUACUAAGCUCAAGCUGGGAAAAAGAAUUACAGAGGUGGUAGCUAUGGGGCUUUCCACGGCCACCACUCAGUUUUCCUCUUUUAGACCGAUUUGCCCUUCUUCUUCUUCCUCUUCGUUUAAGUUUUUCCAUCCUUGUCCUUGCUUUUCUUCUUCUCGCAAUUCACUUCCCAGGUUUUGGGUAGAGCCUUCAGGGGUAAUAGUUAACCUGCAAGGAAGAGGUGAAAAGAGGGUAUUGACUUCUAGAUAUUACUCUACCGCCUCCAGUCUGGAGGUUGGGACAAAACUCCGUCCCAGCACUAAAAGUUCAUGGAUAGAAGAGACUGAAGAUUUGCGAGAAUAUAGAAGGUUUCAAAAGAGUAAAAUUCUACAUGAUUGUAACACAGGAAAUGCUCGAGGAAAUAAUGAGAUUUCAGGAGAUAAAAGUUAUUCAGUUAUGCAUGGAACCAUGGUUGCUAACAAAAAAGAUGUCUCUGUGCAUGAUAAAUCAAGUAACGAGAAACAAGAACUCUCAAGAAAUAGUGGAGGUCAUUUGGCAAUGGGAAAUUCUCGAAUUAAGAAUGAGAUUGAGGAUGAUGAUAAUUAUCCAGUUAUAAUGGUUGCUAAUCAAAAACUUGUACCUAAGCAAGUAGUUGAAAAUAAAAGGCCAGGCAGCCUAUCCUUGAACAACAUCUCAAGAGACAGUGCACAGGUUGCAUCUGUGGAUAAAACAAAUAAUCAGGCAAUUGAUAGAAAAAGGCUGAAUGGUUUCUCUUUGUCCAAAAGCUUGGAACUGGACGCACAGACUGACACCUCAUUGUCAGCAAAGAUAUUGGGAAAUUGGAAAGAGAAAACUUUCAAUGAAAUUGAAGAUAUCGGUGUCGAUCAAAUUGAACAUCACCUGACUGAUGGAAAACUUGCUGCAGUUGGUGAUGCUGAAAAAUUCUCCAACACCAAGGAGGCAUCUCGCCAUCCAGAUGUUAAAAGGAGACUUACUAGUAUUUUUGGAAAGAUUCUAGUUGUUAAUGAUAUUUCUAUGGCAGAUGGAGUAGUAAAGAAGCUUACAAAUGAAUAUCGGCAUCUUAUCCAUGCGUGCGAUACUGAGGUGGCGAAGAUUGAUGUGAAGCAAGAAACACCAGUUGACCAUGGAGAGAUAAUAUGCUUCAGUAUUUAUUCUGGACCUGAGGCGGAUUUUGGAAAUGGGACAUCAUGCAUCUGGGUAGAUGUUUUGGAUGGUGGCGGCAGGGAUCUUUUGGUUAAGUUUAAACCAUUUUUCGAGAAUCCAGAAAUCAAAAAGGUUUGGCAUAACUACAGUUUUGACAAACAUGUCAUUCAGAAUUAUGAAGUUCCUGUUUGUGGGUUUCAUGCUGACACCAUGCACAUGGCACGCUUAUGGAAUUCAUCAAGGCGUACAGAAGGUGGAUACUCUCUUGAAGCUCUUACUGGUGAUAAAAGAGUCAUGAGUGGGGCUCAGUCGUGCUUUGAAGGGUUAAUUGGUAAAGUGUCAAUGAAAACUAUCUUUGGCAAGAACAAAUUGAAAAAAGAUGGAUCUGAAGGAAAAAUGAUAACUGUUGCUCCUGUUGAAGAGCUACAAAGAGAAGAGCGAGAACCAUGGAUUUGUUAUUCUGCCUUAGAUGCAAUAAGCACAUGGCAGCUCUAUGAGAGCUUGAAACGCAAACUAUUUCAUAUGCCAUGGAACCUUAAUGGAAAACCAGUUGGAAAAUCUAUGCUUGAUUUUUACAAGGAAUACUGGAGACCAUUUGGUGAGCUUCUAGUUAGAAUGGAAACUGAGGGGAUACUUGUUGAUCGAGCAUAUCUUGCCGAGAUAGAGAAGGUUGCCAAAGUUGAACAGGAGAUUGCUGUUAAUAGAUUUCGCAAUUGGGCAUGCAAAUAUUGCCCUGAUGCCAAGUAUAUGAAUGUAGGAAGUGAUACACAACUACGCCAGUUAUUUUUUGGUGGUAUUGCAAACAGCAAGGACCCUGACAGUAUUCUUCCAGUUGAAAAAAAAAUCAAAGUUCCCAAUGUUGAUAAAGUGAUUGAAGAAGGCAAGAAGGCUCCCACAAAAUUUUGCAGUAUUACUCUGCACAAAAUUGGUAAUUUUCCUGCCGAGAUGUAUACAGCAACUGGUUGGCCUUCGGUCAGUGGUGAUGCUUUGAAGACCUUGGCAGGGAAGGUCUCUGCAGAGUAUGAUUUUGUGGAUGACAUUGUUGAGGAUGGUUGCGAGUUAGAGACAACUGAAGGUUCAGAAACACAAGUGCCAUCUGUCCUCAAAGAUGUGGAUACAUCUGCUUAUGGAACAGCUUUGAAAGCUUUCCCAUCACUAGAAGAAGGAAUUGAGGCUUGCCAUGCUAUUGCUUCUUUAUGUGAAGUUUGCUCUAUUGAUUCUUUGAUAUCUAACUUCAUCCUCCCCUUACAGGGGAGUAAUGUAUCAGGAAAGAGGGGCCGUGUUCAUUGUUCCCUUAAUAUCAAUACUGAAACCGGGCGUUUAUCAGCUAGGAGGCCAAAUUUGCAGAAUCAGCCUGCUUUGGAGAAGGACAGGUAUAAGAUUCGUCAGGCAUUUAUUGCUGCACCUGGAAAUUCCCUUAUCGUUGCUGAUUAUGGGCAGCUGGAACUUAGGAUUCUUGCACAUCUUGCUAACUGUAAGAGCAUGUUGGAAGCAUUCAAAGCUGGUGGAGAUUUUCAUUCAAGAACAGCUAUGAACAUGUAUCCACAUAUUCAUGAAGCAGUUGAUAAAGGAGAAGUGCUUCUUGAAUGGGAUCCUCAACCUGGUGAGGAGAAACCCCCAGUUCCUCUACUAAAGGAUGCUUUUGGUUCUGAAAGAAGAAAAGCUAAAAUGCUUAACUUUUCUAUCGCUUAUGGAAAAACACCAGUCGGUCUUGCCCGGGAUUGGAAGGUGUCUAUAGAGGAGGCUAAGGAAACUGUCAAUCUCUGGUAUAGAGAACGACAAGAAGUGCUGAAAUGGCAGGAAGCCCGCAAGAAAGAAGCUAGAGAAGAUGGACGCGUUCACACAUUACUGGGGCGGGCUCGAGUCUUCCCUUCAAUUUCUCAUGCAAGUAAUGCACAAAAAAGGCAUAUCGAGCGGGCUGCUAUAAAUACACCUGUGCAGGGUAGUGCUGCUGAUGUUGCCAUGUGUGCCAUGUUGCAAAUAUCACAUAAUAAACGUCUAAAGGAGCUUGGAUGGAAGCUGCUUUUACAGAUUCAUGAUGAAGUAAUCCUGGAAGGACCAACAGAGUCGGCUGAGGUUGCCAAGGACAUAGUUAUCGAGUGCAUGUCUAAGCCGUUCUUCAAUGGAGUGAACAUUCUCAAAGUUGACCUAUCAGUCGAUGCAAAAUGUGCUGAAAACUGGUACUCUGCGAAGUAGUGUCACAAUUCCGUUGGAGCUUAAGUUUGGUUGGAACCCAGAGUUUGGAGUUCUGUUCUGUGCUCCACACUUCCAUGAAAAGAUUACAAUGCUCUAGAGGAUAUUACUACAAGUAUCAUUUCUUAAUAUUAAUUCAAAGCACAAACCAAGUUUGUUGAGCCGCAGCACAGUUUUGUCAACGGGUAGGGAUGCGAGUGUGCAUCUUGUGCUGCUCUGGCGGCAAUUUGUAGCUACGUGCAAGGAAGCUUACUAUGAAGAUCACAAUUCUUUUCCUGUAAAAUCCCUGGCGGUGAUGACUUGACUUCAGAUCUGUCUACAAUUUUAACUGAGUUUUGAUGAAUGAAGCAUAGUAUUUUUCUGUAAA